AUGUCAAGUACUGCUCCACCCAUUUAUGAUCAUGGUGAUAUUGCUUGGGUGUUGGCCUCUUCGGCCUUAGUAUUUAUUAUGGUUCCAGGUGUAGGAUAUUUCUAUAGUGGUAUGGCUCGUAGUAAGAAUGCAUUAUCUCUUAUUAUGCUUAGUGUGUUAUCAGUGGCCGUUGUAUCUGUUCAGUGUAUGUUCGCCGCUAUCACUCCCGCACUUGCCAUCGGUUCUGCUGCUGAACGUGGUCGUAUUAUUCCUACGAUUAUCUUCAUUUUUCUAUGGACUACUUUAGUCUAUGAUGUGAUUGCGUGUUGGACGUGGAACCCUAACGGUUGGGCUUCUAAAUUAGGUGUUCUAGAUUAUGCUGGUGGUACCCCUGUACACAUUUCAUCUGGUUCUGCCGCUCUUGCCUAUGCUUUAAUUCUUGGUAAACGUAAUGGUCAUGGAACUGAUGAAUUUAAACCUCAUAAUGUUGCUAAUGUUGUUCUUGGUACUUCCUUACUUUGGUUUGGUUGGUUUGGUUUUAAUGGUGGUUCUGCUUUGGCAGCUAAUGGACGUGCUGCUAUGGCUUGUAUCGUCACAAAUUUGUCCGCUUCGGUAGGUGGACUUACUUGGUGUUUAAUGGACUAUCGUCUGGAAAAGAAACUAUCUGCUCUGGGAUUUUGUUCUGGUGCUGUAGCAGGUUUAGUAGCAAUUACACCAGGUUCUGGUUAUGUUGAUUUUCCAUCUGCUGUAGCUUUUGGUUUUCUUGGUGGUUUUGCUUGUAAUAUGGCCGUAAAACUUAAACAUUUAUUUGAUUAUGACGAUGCUUUGGAUGUGUUUGCUGUACAUGCCGUUGGAGGUUUUGUUGGUAACCUUCUUACUGGUGUUUUUGCUUCACAAUCAGUUAUUCAAAUGAUUGAUCCUAAUGCACCUGGUGGUGGUGGAUGGAUAAACAGAAAUUGGAUGCAAGUAGUUUAUCAACUUUCAGAUUCCGUGGCUGGUAUGUUAUACUCAUUUUCCGUAACUUAUCUUAUAUUAUGGAUUAUGGAUAAGAUUCCGGGACUUUCACUUCGUGUUGACCCAGAAUCUGAAGCUCAGGGUCUUGAUGAAACAGAAUUAGGUGAACUUGCUUAUUAUCACAUUGACAAAUUUAUUUCUUGUACAAAAUUAUCUUCUGAAAAAGUUUAUGAUGAUGUCAUGGAUCAUAAAAGUAUUAAUUGA